GCGAUGUUUGAAGUCGGCAACAUAACAGAAAUCAGGGACAUCAUGCCCAUCCUCGGGAUGAGUACACCUUGCUGGGGUUUCCUCUGUUUCUACAAUGUUUUUGUAGUGGUCGGUGGCAUUGUCGGCAACUUCAUCAUCCUCAACUCUUCUCUUAUCCACCAUGCCAUCAAGUUUGAUAAGGUCACCCUCCUGUUUGUACACAAUCUGGCGGUAGCAGAUCUGGUGAUGAUCCUUCUGAUCUACGUGCCCAUGUUGAGUUCUCUCGUGAACAGAAGAUGGGUCCUGGGGGAAGGGAUCUGCUGGUUUGUAGGGUAUUUCUUUGGGGUACCCAUAGUAUACGAGGUGCUAUCAGUCUUCAUUAUGUCCGUUUACAGAUUUUGCCUGAUUAUGCGGAGUAAACGCAUAAACGAAGAUACGGCCGUGAAGGCUGUUAAGAUUUUCCUGGCAGUUUUGUUGGUAACCUUGGUAGGAUUCCAACUGUACACCGCGGUGGUCGGCUACCCACCCUUCUUCAAGCCUGAUCUCCUCAUCUGCAUGUCUGGCGUCUACAAAGCUAAAGACACCAACGGAACCCUGCUCACCGUCCUCAAUCUGGUGCUUACAGUUGUUCCCGUUAUCUCUAUGGUUCUUCUCAAUAUGGGUUUAGCAGUCAAGCUGUGCCUGCACGGAGCUAGAGUGAAGAGGUCUGUUCCUAGACGGACCUUGGUUGCGCUAGGAACAGUCACCUGGUGUUUUGCUGUGUCUUACAGCUUCGUUAUCGGUCACCUAGUGUUGGAAAAGGUGACCGGUCAGAUGCCGUGGUACGAGUUGACGAUGAUGUACUUGCUCGGAGGAAAUGUGUUGUGUAACCCGGUCAUCUAUUUUGUUACCAACAAACGGUUCAGGAACUUCGUCAUUAAGGGCAAACUGAGGUCCUUGGCUGUCAGUAUUUCAAGGGAUACGAGGAGCAGUAAGAGUCAGAGUAAUGCAGAGAAAUAUUCAACGGAGAAUGAACCAGGAUGAACAGAAAUUUAGAUAAUGUUCAGGUAGGCGGAUAGUGCCAGAACAUAUACACAAUACAAGCCGAAAAGAAAAGAGCAUAAACAAGAAUGGACAUUUCGGCUGUUACAAUCAACAACCUCGAAUUAAUGGGACUGCUUAUUGUGUUGGAGAACUUAUGACUAUGUUUAUAAAACAUUAUGACAUCGUGACGGGGGAGGAAUCUCUCCUGGCUAAGUAAAUAGUGGUUUUUCAAGAAGCUAGCUGAUAAACUGUUUAGAAAGUCUGCUCAACGAUAUAGUAAGGCAAUGACAUUUAUCAGGAAGAUAGUGAGAUUUGAACUCUGAUAAAAACAGUCAUAGAUCUCUCUAUCAGAGGGGAAAGAGGAUUGGAAAAGUAGUAGUGAUGUUAAAAUAGCAUAUUUUGACAUAGACUUAGAGCCUGUUAUAGUCUGUACAUUGAAUUUGCUAUGGGCUCCAUAUAUUGUGGAGCGGAUUUUUGUAUAAAAGAAUUCUGGUCAAAUUUUUAGAAUUUGUUCUGUUUUAUUUAAUUUCUUGUUUGAUUUGAAAAUUGUUCAGGGUAUCUGACCUGGGAAAUGACGAUUGCAGAAAUUAUUUGUGUAUAUUGUUUGAACUUUGAAUAACUUCUAUUCACUUGUU